GGGGGCGGGGGCGGGCUGCAAGGGGAGUAGCAGGAAGUGCGCCCAGAGCUGUCCCGGGAGGAAACGCACUAGACGAGUUCGCCUGCCGACGGGCCCCGGAGAAAUGGAGGAGAGCAGCGGAGGUGGAGGAAAUGACAGGGUGCGGAACCUGCAGAGCGAGGUGGAGGGCGUCAAGAACAUUAUGACCCAGAAUGUGGAGCGGAUCCUGGCCCGAGGAGAAAACUUGGAUCAUCUUCGCAACAAGACAGAGGACCUGGAAGCCACAUCCGAGCACUUCAAGACAACAUCUCAGAAAGUGGCUCGCAAGUUCUGGUGGAAGAACGUGAAGAUGAUUGUCAUCAUCUGCGUGGUCGUCUUCAUCCUCAUCCUCUUCAUUGUGCUCUUUGCCACGGGCGCCAUCCCUACUUAGGGAGCCCUGGCCCCUUCCCAUCGCAACCGGGCCAGCCCUUCCCACCUCCCACCCUCCUCCACUCGGUGUGCUGCUUGCUCCUGUCCUCUGACUGCUCCCCUGAGGACCCUCUGCACACUGCCUGCCCCAGGGAGCACCUUGGUCACCCCAAAGGAGAGAGAGUUGGACAAAGGCCGUGUCUCGUGGGUCCUCAGCAUGGUUGGAGACACACCGAGGCCUCAGUGUAUAGCUGGGAAACUGAUGGCAAUAAACUGUGGGUAAUAAAGACCUUUCAAUAUC